AUGGCGGCUCCGUCCAAGUACGAUGACUAUGACUUCCCGACCACUGCGCCGGAAGACCAACCCGGCCACCCUGGCCACACCACCCCCGAGCAGGAUGCGAAGGUAGAGCAGCUCCGGGCCGAGCUGGAACAGCUUGGCUACACCGAGAGGCUGGAUACUCUGACGCUGUUGCGUUUCCUGAGAGCCCGGAAGUUUGAUGUCGCUGCUGCCAAGACCAUGUUCGUCGACUGCGAGAAGUGGCGGAAGGAGUUCGGCACUGAUGAGCUCGUCCGUACUUUCGAGUACCCCGAGAAGGCCAAGGUCUUCGAAUACUACCCCCAGUACUACCACAAAACGGACAAGGAUGGCCGUCCUGUCUACAUCGAGAAGUUGGGCAAGAUUGACCUCAAUGCCAUGUACAAGAUCACCACCGGCGAGCGCAUGCUCCAGAACCUCGUGACCGAGUAUGAGAAGCUUGCCGACCCCCGUCUGCCCGCCUGCUCCCGCAAGGCUGGUAAGCUGCUCGAGACUUGCUGCACCAUCAUGGACCUGAAGGGCGUCGGUAUCACCAGCGUCCCUUCCGUUUACGGCUACGUCAAGCAGGCGUCUGCCAUCUCCCAGAACUACUACCCCGAGCGUCUGGGCAAGCUUUACCUGAUCAACGCCCCCUGGGGCUUCAGCAGCGUGUUCAGCGUGGUCAAGGGCUUCCUUGACCCGGUGACCGUGAACAAGAUCCACGUUCUCGGCUCCAACUACAAGAAGGAGCUGCUGGCUCAGGUCCCCGCUGAGAACCUUCCUGUUGAGUUCGGCGGUACCUGCCAGUGUGCUGGAGGCUGCGAGCUUAGCGACAUGGGCCCGUGGCAGGAGUCUGAGUGGGCCAAGACCCCCAAGUGGGCUGCCCCGAAGGAGGCUGCUGCUGAGGCUUCUACUGAGGCUGCUGCCGAGAAGGAGGCUGAGGCUCAGGCCACCGCAUAG